CCAGAAAAGAAGCAAGAACGAUAUUUCGGCUUUGGCAUCAGUUUAAAGAUGGAAGUGAGCCAGUUCCUGAUUGCUACGGGAAUAUGCUUUCUGAUAGUGCAGUUCACAAUACUUCUUUGGACCCGAAGGACAUUCCCCCCUGGACCUGUCCCUUUUCCUCUCUUUGGAAGCCUGUGGAGAAUCGGAUGGAAGAUCCGCCAGGAUACAUUCAUGAAGCUUACAGACAUUUACGGGAAUAUCUUCACCUUUUGGAUAGGACACACACCGGUGAUUGUGCUAACUGGAUUCAGUGCUGUGAAAAAUGGAUUAAUUAAUAAUUCUGAAGCAAUGUGUGGGCGACCAAUAUUUCCUUUUUCAAAAAUUCUGGGAAGCGGAAAAGGCAUCAUGUUUUCCAAUCGAAAAACCUGGAAGCAGCAGAGACAGUUUGGGAAUUCGACCCUUCAGAAAUUGGGACAAAUGAAAAAAGGGCUGGAAGAGUACAUACAAGAGGAGGCUAGUCAGCUGGUGAAGACUUUUGCCCAGACCAAAGGACAAUCACUGGACCCUUCCCCACUGAUCAUGCAUUCAGCCUCCCAAAUGAUCCACACAGCAGUUUUUGGGGAACCUGUUCUCGGAGUGGAUGACAUGUUCCAAAAGCUUGUUGAACACAUCAAUAACAUUACAAAAUGCAGAGGCACUUUUGGAGAAAUGAUGUAUAACAUCUUCCCUUCUCUUAUGGAAUACCUCCCUGGGCCUCACAAGAAGGCGGUUUUGUCCUUUGAAUUUAUGAUUUCUUAUAUCAAAAAGAAGAUGAGAAGCUCUAAGACUCCUCAGGCCUCUCAUGAGCCGCAAAGCUACAUUGACUUCUAUUUAGCUCACAUGGAUGAUGAGAAAAAGGACUCCACCUCGACUUUCGAUGAAGACAAUUUGGUUCAAGUUAUCGUUGACUUGUUCCUCACAGGCACGGACACCAUAGCUGUCACCCUUUCUUGGGGUCUGUUUUUUAUGGCGGUUCAUCCCAAUAUUCAAGAGAAAGUACAGAAGGAGAUCGAAAACGCCCUGGAUCCCCACAAAACAAUCUGCCACGAAGAUCGGAAGAAACUGCCUUAUUCCUAUGCCGUCAUUCACGAAACCCAGCGUCUCAGCAGUAUCGCAUUUCCCACCCUCUUUAGGUUGUGCGAAAUAGAUCUGAACAUACUUGAUUGUUAUAUUCCAAAGGGUAGCUUGAUGAUCCCUGAUCUCUGCUCUGUUCUGCUGGACCCCAAACAAUGGGAGACACCUCGACAGUUCAACCCUAACCACUUUUUGGAUCAAGAUGGGAAAUUUGUAUUCAGAGAAGAUUUCCUGACCUUUGGGGCAGGCUCCCGUGAAUGCUUGGGGAAGACUUUGGCUCAGAUGGAGCUCUUCAUUUUCUUCACCAACCUUAUGAAAACAUUUACCUUCCAGCAUCCAGAAGGACUAAAAGGACUUAACAUGGAGCAUGUAAUAGGGGCUGGGAUGCAACAUUUCCCGUUGAAGAUCCGUGCGGUUCCUCGUUAAUCCCCAGUGUUGGCAGAGCAUGAUCAAAAUUGCGAUGGAUUUUGACCCUCCUGCAGCUUGUUUUUAUCAGUUGCUUUUCAUGUCUCCUUUUUCAUAGUUUUGCUCAGUGACGUAGGUUUAUAAAGUCUUCAUAUAUGCAUUAUCCUAUUUACCUAAAAUAAAGGACUCAUAAUUGAAAAUGAUUCCUCUAAAUAGGAAGAGUAGGCUAGAAAAAUAACAAAGAACUGGGGAACCCCCCACCCUCCACAGUUUAUUUGGGAACACUUGAAAUUGUUGCUGCUGUACUGACUUCCCUGCUGCCCCUCCUUGUGUUGCUGGAUUCUGUUGCUGAGCUGGCAGUAGAGUCCCCUUAAUCUGUUGGUGCUCAGGUCUUGGCAGCAUAAAAUCUGGGCUGACCCAUGGCAACCAUGGACCUGUCCCAAGUUAUCAAUAGCCCAAUGCAUAACAGGGGUUCCAUGUUAGAUUUGGGUAUCUGAUGGGGAUUCAGAUGGGUAGAGACAGGCAUGGCAUUCUGAAUAUCUGGCAGAUACUCAGAUCCACUCAAACCUGGACUCCAACUGGAGUCCAGUUGAGGCAUCCUAAUUUGACCUUGUGCCUCUUGAUGAAGUGGGGAGGGUUCUCUGUGCUGUUAGCUUAGCCACCUCUAUGCCGGAUCCUCCUGUACCUGGUCCUGUCCAUGCUACGGUGUCUGCUUCUUUGGGGGAGGGGAUGGUGCCUCAAGCUUUCUCUUUCAAGAUGGAAGGGGUACACCCCAGAGGUGGUAUUCAGCUGGUUCGGACCGGUUCUACCGAACUGGUAGUA